CCAAAAGCUAGUUAUAAUCCAGUUUGACCCAAAUUCCACCCAAUGGCGAUGGCGGGGACACUCCAAAUCCUACUCCUCAACCCUCAAAAUGGGCGGCGUCCUCAUCUUCCGACGACCCAAACCCACUUUCCAUUUUCCAAAAUUAGCAGAAACAGCAACAUCAGCAGGUCACAGCUUCUCAUUAGAGCCACUUUACAACACUCAAAUCAGGGAAGUGGUAGUGGAGACCAGCUUCCACGGGCUACUGCAAAAUUAAACUGGGUAAAACCAAUUUGGGGAUUUGUAUCAAACAAUUUCUUGCCUUUAGCUUUAAUUGGUGGAGUAGCAUUAGGGCUUGUUAAUCCUACACUUGGUUGUCUUGCUGAUAGAUAUUAUCUGUCCAAAUUUAGCACUUUUGGGAUAUUUAUAAUCUCGGGGCUCACAUUGCGUAGUGAUGAAGUAGGUGCUGCUGUUGAAGCUUGGCCUGUUGGUAUUUUUGGUCUCGUUUCCAUUUUGUUCUUCACUCCUUUAUUUUCCAAGAUUAUUAUGCUUCUAAAGCUUCAACCUCAAGAAUUCGUCACAGGGUUGGCAAUAUUUAGCUGUAUGCCCACGACAUUAUCUAGUGGAGUGGCACUAACUCGAUUAGCAGGAGGAAACUCUGCUCUUGCUCUUGCGAUGACCUUAAUAUCAAACCUUUUAGGAAUUCUGAUUGUACCUUUUUCGAUCUCCAAGCUCAUAGCGGCUGGUGUUGGUGUGUCUGUCCCGGCUGAGCAGUUGUUUAGAAGCCUUGUUUUCACUCUUUUAGUUCCUCUUAUCAUAGGGAAGGCAUUACGAGAAUGUUUCAAAGGCGUGGCUGAGUUUUCUGAUCGAAAUCGUAAGCUUUUAGCAAUGAUGAGUUCUCUCCUCUUAAGUUUAGCGCCAUUUAUACAAGUGAGCAGAUCGAGGUCACUGCUUCUAUUGGUUAAGCCAGAAGUUUUUCUUCUGGCUGUUGUGUUAGGAGUGCUUCUGCAUCUCAUCCUUUUUGCUUUUAAUGCUCUGGCAAUAACAUUACUUUCCACUACUUCAACAUCAUUUUCAAAGAAGGAAAAUAUUAGUGCUCUCUUAAUUGUUGCAAGCCAGAAAACUUUGCCUGUAAUGGUAGCAGUAGUGGAACAGCUCGGAAAUGCUCUUGGUGAAUCUGGUUUGCUGGUUCUUCCAUGCAUAGCAGCACAUUUGAACCAGAUCAUUUUGGACUCUUUGUUGGUCAACUUUUGGCUUCAAAAAGGGCAUGCUUCAGACAAUUUGAAGACUGCUUGAAAUAAUCUCAAGUCCCCUGCCGAUGGUGGGUGCUGCACACAAGAAGGAAUAAUUCACAUGUAAGUCAUUGAAGUCUAGAAGUUCUAAUAGUGAUACUUAUUUUUCUGAUAAAGUUCUGAUGGUACUAGCCCCGUUAACCUGGAAAAAUCAUCCGUAUAAUCUCUCUUUGUGAUAGUGAAGCUGAUGUAAAAUAACCAUCUUAUUGAAUUUAACAAUACUUAUGUUUCACACAAAAAGAAUAAAAACACGGCCCUCAAACUUGCCCCUUCUUUUCA